GUCAUUGUUGCUGCGCACGGGCUUUAGCUGCGGCAAGCAGGGGCCACUCUUCGCUGCGGUGCGUGGGCCCCUCAUCGCGGUGGCCUCUCGUUGCGGAGCACGGGCUCCAGGUGUGUGGACUUCAGUAGUUGUGGCACGCGGGCUCAGUAGCUGUGGCGCACGGGCUUACUUACUGCCCGGCACGUGGGACCCUCCUGGACCAGGGCUCGAACCCGUGUCCCCAGCACUGGCAGGCGGAUUCUCAACAACUGCGCCACCAGGGAAGUCCCUUUUUAAAAAAAAAAAUUCCCCAGUUUUCAAUGUCUUGCAUUAGUGUGGCACAUUUGUUGUAAUUGUUUAGCCAGCGUUGGUACGUAGUUGAUUAGAGUCCACAGUUUACAUUAGGGUCCCCCUUCGUGUUUUACAGUUCUCUGGGUUUUGACAAAUGCAUCUUGUUAUAUAUGCACCAUACACUAUCAUAUAAAAUAGUUUCAAUUCCCUAAAAGUCCUCUUUUCUUUACCUACUCAUCAGUCCCUCCCCACAAGCCCCUCGCAACCACCAGUCUUUUUACUGUCUCUGUGGUUUUGCCUGUUCCAGAGUGUCAUUUAAUUGGACUCAUACGUAGCUUUUCCGGAUUGACUUCUUUCACUUAACAAUAUUCGUUUACAGUCACUCCAUGUCUUUCUUAUUUCUUUUAAUUGCUGAAUACUCCAUUGUCUGAACGUACCAGUUGUUUAUCCAUUUACCUAUUGAAGGACAUCUUGGUGUCUUCCAUUUGUGCAUGUAUGUGUAUUUGUAAACUUCAUCCAGUAUCUCUUGGAACUAGCACACUUUGGAGAGCAUCAGUUUAAAUAGUUUUCUAGUUUGGUUGCCAAAUAGGCAUUAAUUGAAUUCUAAGGCCCCAGGAAAAUUCUGACUGAGGAGCAUCCCUCUUGCCUAUCAGGCCUCCUCCUGAAAUGAGAUUGUUCUAUAUCCCUGGGAAAUACACCCUUCUUUUCCCUCUCCAGUAAUUCAGGGGUCGUGGGGCCUGUGUUUCUCAAUUGUCUUUAAAGCUGUGGCUCUUUCUGAAGAACAGAAACAUCUGGGCCAACAGCCCAGAUCUCAUUCAGGUGGCUGGGGGCUAGCAUCUCACCCCAGGGACAGCAGAGACACCCAGGCAGCUGUCCCAGUUCGGGGAAUAGUGGGGAUCUUGGUCUGAAUCCGAGGCCCCAGGGCCAGCUCACUGUCCUCUCCCCAUCAGUCCCACCAGCAGUAUCCCCCGUCGCACACCACGCCCCUGCCCAAGAAGGCCUACUCCAAGAUGGACAGCAAGGGCUACGGCAUGUACGAAGACUACGAGAACGAGCAGUACGGGGAGUACGAGGGGGAGGAGGAGGAGGACGUGGGCAAGGACGACUACGACGACUUCACCAAAGAGCUGAACCAGUACCGGCGGGCCAAGGAGGGCAGCAGCCGGGGCCGAGGCAACCGAGGCCGUGGCAGGGGCUACCGAGGCCGUGGCAGCCGCGGAGGGUCGCGAGGCCGAGGCAUGGGCAGGGGUAGCCGAGGCAGAGGCAGAGGCUCCGUGGGAGGAGACCACCCGGAGGACGAAGAGGACUUCUAUGAAGAGGACAUGGAAUACGGAGAAGGCGAGGAGCCGAUGGGAGAUGAGGACUACGACGACUACUCCAAGGAGCUGACCCAGUACCGCCGGGCCAAGGAUGGCCGCGGACGAGGGCUAAGUCGAGGCCGUGGCCGGGGUUCCCGAGGUCGAGGGAAAGGGAUGGGCCGGGGCCGUGGUCGAGGUGGCAGCCGAGGAGGCAUGAACAAGGGCGGAAUGAAUGAUGACGAAGACUUCUACGACGAGGACAUGGGCGACGGCGGCGGAAGCUACCGGAGGGGUGACCAUGACAAGCCCCACCAGCAGUCUGACAAGAAAGGCAAAGUCAUCUGCAAAUACUUCGUGGAAGGGCGGUGCACAUGGGGAGACCACUGUAAUUUUAGCCACGACAUCGAGCUACCAAAGAAGCGAGAACUGUGCAAGUUUUACAUCACCGGAUUUUGUGCCAGAGCCGAGAACUGCCCCUAUAUGCAUGGUGAUUUUCCAUGUAAGUUGUACCACACGACCGGGAACUGCAUCAACGGCGAUGACUGCAUGUUCUCUCACGACCCCCUGACCGAGGAGACCAGAGAGCUCUUGGACAAGAUGUUGGCUGAUGACGCAGAGGCAGGCGCCGAGGAUGAGAAGGAAGUUGAGGAGCUGAAGAAGCAGGGCAUCAACCCCCUACCCAAACCACCCCCUGGCGUGGGCCUCCUGCCCACCCCACCCCGCCCACCUGGCCCCCCGGCCCCGACCUCUCCGAAUGGCCGGCCCAUGCAGGGUGGCCCCCCGCCCCCGCCCCCGCCCCCCCCUCCGCCCCCCGGCCCCCCUCAGCUGCCCAUGCCCGUGCAUGAGCCGCUGUCCCCACAACAGCUGCAGCAGCAGCAGGACAUGUACAACAAGAAGAUCCCUUCCUUGUUUGAGAUCGUGGUGCGGCCCACGGGACAGCUGGCUGAGAAACUGGGUGUGAGGUUCCCUGGACCCGGAGGACCCCCAGGGCCGAUGGGCCCCGGGCCCAACAUGGGACCCCCGGGGCCGAUGGGGGCCCCGAUGCAUCCCGACAUGCAUCCCGACAUGCACCCGGACAUGCACCCUGACAUGCACCCGGACAUGCACCCUGACAUGCCAAUGGGCCCUGGCAUGAAUCCUGGCCCUCCCAUGGGCCCUGGCGGCCCUCCAAUGAUGCCCUAUGGUCCUGGAGACUCCCCACAUUCUGGAAUGAUGCCCCCCAUCCCACCAGCCCAGAACUUCUAUGAAAACUUUUACCAGCAGCAAGAGGGCAUGGAGAUGGAGCCAGGACUCAUUGGGGACGCAGAGGACUACGGGCACUACGAAGAGCUGCCGGGGGAGCCUGGGGAGCACCUCUUCCCCGAGCACCCUCUGGAGCCUGACAGCUUCCCCGAGGGAGGGCCCCCAGGCCGGCCGAAGCCGGGCGCCGGUGUCCCCGACUUCCUGCCCUCGGCCCAGAGGGCCCUGUACCUGAGGAUCCAGCAGAAGCAGCAGGAGGAGGAGGAGAGAGCGAGGAGGCUGGCUGAGAGCAGCAAGCAGGACCGGGAGAAUGAGGAAGGUGACACCGGAAACUGGUACUCAAGCGAUGAGGAUGAGGGUGGGAGCAGCGUCACCUCCAUCCUGAAGACCCUGAGGCAGCAGACGUCUAGCCGACCCCAGGGUUCCGUCGGGGAGCUGAGCAGCAGUGGGCUGGGGGACCCCCGCCUCCAGAAGGGACACCCCACGGGAGGGCGGCUGGCUGACCCCCGCCUCAGCCGGGACCCCAGACUUACCCGCCACGCCGAGGCUUCCAGCAGUUCAGGCCCAGGUGACACAGGACCCUCUGACCCUCGACUGGCUCGCUCCCUGUCCACCCCCAAGCCCGAAGGCGGCCUUCAUUCCAGCCCCGCAGGCCCCAGUGGCUCCAAGGGGUCUGGGCCACCCCCUGCAGAAGAGGAGGAAGGGGAACGGGCCCUUCGGGAGAAGGCUAUAAACAUUCCCCUGGACCCCCUCCCUGGGCACCCACUGCGGGACCCGCGAUCGCAGCUGCAGCAGUUCAGCCACAUCAAGAAGGACGUGACCCUGAGCAAGCCGAGCUUUGCGCGCACCGUGCUCUGGAACCCUGAGGACCUGAUCCCCCUGCCCGUCCCCAAGCAGGAUGUAGUGCCCCCCGUGCCCGCGGCCCUGCAGUCCCUGCCUGCCCUGGAUCCCAGGCUGCACCGCUCCACCACCUCGGGCCCCCCCAACCCCCGGCAGCGCCCAGGCGCCUCUACAGAUCCCAGCACAUCUGGCUCCAACCUGCCUGACUUUGAGCUCCUCUCUCGCAUCCUCAAGACUGUCAAUGCCACUGGCCCCUCGGCGGCCCCUGGCCCCGGUGACAAGCCCAGUGACCCCCGAGUGCGGAAGACACCCACCGAUCCCCGGCUGCAGAAACCAGCAGACUCUGUUGCCUGCUCCCGGGCGGCCAAGCCUGGCCCCACCGAAGCGCUCUCUCCAGCUGUCAGCCCCAGCGGGGAGUCCUCCCCGCCAGCCACCGCCCCCUAUGACCCCCGCGUGCUGGCAGCCGGUGGCCUGGGCCAGGGCAGCGGGAGUGGGCAGAGCAGCGUGCUGAGCGGCAUCAGCCUCUACGACCCCAGGACUCCCAACGCGGGUGGCAAAGCUGCAGAGCCGGCCGCUGAUGCAGGCACCCAGCCCAAGGGCCCUGAGAGCAAUGGCAAGAGCUCCGCCACCAAGGCCAAGGAGCCCCCGUUUGUCCGCAAGUCCGCCCUGGAACAGCCUGAAUCGGGGAAGUCCGGGGCAGAUGGGGCCGCAGCCACGGCCACAGACAGGUACAACAGUUACAACCGGCCCCGGCCCAAGGCCGCUGCGGCCCCCGCCGCCGCCACGGGCGCCCCGCCAGCAGAGGGCGCCCCGCCCCAGCCCGGCGUGCACAACCUCCCGGUGCCCACCCUCUUCGGGACCGUGAAACAGGCACCCAAGACGGGCUCCGGAAGCCCAUUUGCUGGCAACAGCCCGGCCCAAGAGGGUGAGCAGGACGCUGGGUCCCUGAAAGAUGUUUUUAAAGGCUUUGACCCCACUGCCUCCCCCUUUUGCCAGUAGUGUUAAGCUGGAGUUGAGCGCUCCCUGCACCCCACCCUUCCCAGGGCAAUAUUUAAGGGCAGCAACCAGAGUUGGGGACUUGGGGGGAGGGGGGAGGGGGUCUGGGUGUUCUUUCUUUUAUUUUUUCCUAUUCUUUUUUCUUUUCUCCCCCCCCUUUUUUUUUUUAAAGUAGUACUUUCUUUGAAACAUAUAAAUUGUAUAUAACCAUCUUUAACUUCUGGUCAGUGCUGCGGGGCUCCUAGGCUCCCGCCAAGAAAACCUACACGUGCAUGUGUACAGUUGCGAGUCCCCUGGGCCUCAGCCCCAGCUGGCACUCCGCCUGGCCUGGCCAGGCCUGAUUUUCAGGGACUCCUUAAAGGCUGGGGCCCCAGUUUGGUGGCUGGGGGUCUGGUGGGUUUUCUGGGCAAAGCUUGGCCCCUGCCCCCCAUCCUACCCCCCCCACCCAGGACAAAGGGAACAGCAGGCAUCGAGAAGGCACUGAGCGCUGCUCACCCUGUGGUGCGUGAGCAAGAAGAGACGGAGCCGAGAUGGUGGGCA